AUGAGUACACAAGUUCACUCUUGUGGGCAGCGGUUCCAGACGCUGUGCUUUGCAUCUCUCGACGACUUUAAGAUUGCAAAUAUAGUAGCGCGUUCUCGUCGUGGACGAGAAAUGGUUGCAGCAUAUAUUCGUACAGGAGAAUUAGUUCUUCUAAAGGAGCGCUAUUCAAACGAGAUGGAUGUACUGGAAAACACACUGAAGGAGGCUGAAACACUUUUGGAUCUUGGGCCACAUCGCAACAUACUCACCAUACGUGGAUAUGCACAGGAGGGUACAACUGGCUUAAUUGCUCUUGAACACUUACAGCACAAAGACAUGCAGAGGCAAAUGCAGCGCUAUAAAAAGUUAUCGAAAACCUUUUCGGAGCCCUUUUUGUGGGCAAUUCUCCUUGAUAUUUCUUCUGCCUUGCAACACAUCCAUGACAAAGGAUACGUGUUUCGUGACAUCAAGCUUGCAAAUAUCUACCUCCGUGAGGUUGAUUACACAAACAACUCAUCAGUGAAGCUAGAUCUCGUGGAGCCAAACAAGCAAGUAAGGAUAGCAAACCUCCAAUUUGUUCUAUCAAACUUCGAAUCGUGUCGCAAGCUUCCCCCGCCAAGUCGUAGCAAUUCUAAACUCAUGUCGAACCAGUUUAUACCUAGUGAUUAUGCAACAGACACCGCUUCGCUACCAGAUACUGAUUAUGAAUGCACUCCUGGAGUAGAUGUCACUACUCCUAGUCAACAACCGACAAUUUCCUUUCUUCAAGCCCUUCAGAACAGGAUCUACUAUGAUAUAACAGAGGAUACACAUAUAGAUGGCAGAAAGAAAGUUAUGUCUACUGCAGCCCAGAAGAUCUAUAACGAGGAUCACAAUCUUCCUUACUCAGCUCGGUCGCCUAAUAAGCAGAUGGCGAUCCAAAAGGAAUACGAGAAUGUCACAGGCCACAUGAGUGAUAGUACGAUUCUCAAUCCUGAAAUUCGCGAGGAGCUCCGCGCUGCUUCCAGAAGUGGGUCGUUGUGUGGAUCGAAUUAUGGCUCUCAGUCCAUGAACACCUCUCGCAGUGCAUCACGGAGUGCGUCUCCAAGUAUAUCUAGAACUGCUUCAAGGAGUAUCUCUAGAAGCGCGUCACCGUCCCUUCCAAUCCCGCGGGCUAUUAGUAUUACAGUCGACCGACCUAUCAAUAUCCCUACGGAUAGCAGACCAGAUACACUUCUAGUAGGUAGCUAUGUGCAAUCAGCCUCACCAACAUUUCGGCGUGGCUUGACAGAUCUCUCAAAUAUUAACAGACCGGAUAUGUCUGUUCCCCCGAUGCUAUCGGAUAGCCCUGGGCGACACUACAUUCACUCUUCUCGCACAUCUGUCAGCACUAGAAGCCAAAAUUCUAUCGACCAUGGCAAGUUUGAUUAUGUUCAGAACAUGGCGCGAUUCACCAGAUUGGAUCCCUUUGAAAAAGCCCUUCGUAAUCAUAAAAUUAGAAAGGAGCUGGAAAAGAGACGCAACAUAUUUCCAGAGGGCACCAAUAUGUAUGCAACUGUAGAAUCUGAAGACGAUAUUGAAUUUAAGCUUAUCAAGCCAACUCUUGGUAAGUUUGGAACACGGAGUAUAUCACAAACUGUUGCCCUUCGGCCUGCAACAACUAGCUCACUGGGAAAGGUUAGCCAAGCUCGACUAGAAUCUUCUCCAAAGAAGAACCCGUUUCAAAUAGAUAGAGGAAAAUCAGCUAUGCCAAAGAUUAACGACGAAGAACAACAGCUUCGUGACUUAGAGGAGCUUUGGAGAAGGGAGGAGAUUUCGUGCAAUCCAAACAAUCCAAAUUAUCCUACCAAGCUAACAACGACGCUUGAUCAGUGUAAUCCGCGCGCACGUGACACUUUGCCAUACUACCUCGAACCUCCGCAGAAUACAUAUUCUACCUUUAAAGCAAGAUCACAGAAAGUUUUGUUGCCCGACGGUUCGGGCACAAUAACUAUUCUUGGAACACCCAACUAUAUGCCCAAGGAGAUGGCAGAAGGAAAUAAUAUCACAGCAAUGGACAUCUAUGCACUUGGAGUCUCUGUGUUAGAGCUCAUGUGUCUCGAAGAUUAUCAGCAGAUUGACAUGGAACGGGUCCAAAAGCAGCUUUCUGCAAUUUAUAGUCGAGACAUUCGCACACUUGUUUUACGGAUGCUUGGUCCCCCCGAUCUGCGACCCAGUGCCGAAGAUAUCCAUGAGUCUAGCCUCAGAGCUAUACUGACUCAUGCUAGUGACUAUGGAGCCACUGCAACUCUUACUCACGACGAUGUGAUCUAUGAACGCGGGUGUAAGACAAUACCUUCCUUGAAACAUCCCCUUCAUAUAGAUCUCGAAGCGUUACAUCAACGUGAGUACCUAAGGCGGCGCCCCCCCUAUUCAGCCACACAUGUACCCGAAGACUCCACAGACGUUAUUGCACCACACCUCUUGGAACACCCAUUUGCUAAGAACCUCCUUGACAAAAUAAGGCAUAUCCCUCCCCAAGUAUGUUCAUUAAAGACACAGCCUCAGGAGCAUUUUCAACCUGUAUACGUUGAAUACAACAACGAACAACGGGUAGUUGAGCAAGUGGAGCUUCCAUUACAUAGAACGGCUUUCAAAGGAGCCACGAUGGCAAAAUAUUUGGAGCGGUUAAGCCAAAACAAGCCUCCGCUCUAUUCUUUUAACAAGGCUGCUUCUCGAAAAAUCGUUGACCCUCCUGAGAAAUGGAUGCCUAAUCCAGAUUCUGUACUGUCGGAAUUUGGGCCGGAGGCGCAAAUUAAGCGGUUACAAUCGGAACAAACACCUGAUUUAUUGGAAGUAUUAGACACCGGUAUUCAUUCUAUUCCCAACGCACGUGGAGGGCGGCGACUCACAUCUGAAAAGUAUUCGAAGAUGGUCCGCCCCAAAACGGCUACUUCUAUACCUCUACGAAGAGACAGCUCCGGCCACUCCUCCGAAAGCAGCACGUUCAAGGCAAACCAUGACGCAGAAAGGAGAAGGCCACGCAUAUCUGUAGCUUUUGGUGCUAUAACCAUGCCUAACGCGCCCUCUAGCGACCGUCGUGUAAUAACAGAUUAA